CCUAGUAUGAAUACGAGGAAUAGUUAAAGCGAAAUACGCGUAGCAAGAGAUACGCGUAGCAAGAGAGAGAAAAUAGAAAAAUCAAGAAACGAGGAUGAGACGGCGCGAUGCGAAGUCAAGACCCCAAGAGGGGUCUGCGAGAGAGAGAAAACGCAUUCAAAGUCUCGCGCUUACGCCAUGGUUGAGAGGGAGGCAGAGAAUAUUCAUUCACCCCACGUUCUUGGUCGUCGCUCGCUGUGUUGUAUAAUUUUGUUGCUUCGACUCGGUUCUCCGAAGCAGAAAGAUUUGGUCUUUUUUUAUUUUUUUGGGGUGAAUUGGCGGUUCUUUCUGGGGACGGAGAUUACAUUCGGAGCUUCUCUGUAGCUCGGUAUCGGUUGUUGGCCGUACGAGCGAACAUGGUCGUUUGUCGCGAGACGCUUGACCCGAUUAUUUUAUUCUGCUUCGCUCCUUAUUUUCACCCCUCCAAGGUUAUUCUUUUCUUGAGGCUUUUUCUUGGAGACGCCUCGCUUUUCCGAGUUCUUUCUUCUCUCCCCUUCCUUGGCAUUGUUGCUUGCGACAUUCACUCGGGUCGUCUUCUGCGCCCCUUCUCUUUUCUGGGUUUCUCUUCCCGAUCUGAGGUGCGAUCAGUGCGUUGAAUACGGGUGUUGUCCUUCGGUCUCUGUUGUAGGAUCUAUCUGAUGCCUUCUAAGCCGUGUUUUUGUGGGGGUAAUCAGCCAGGAAGGAGCAUUGUUCAAUUUUGGCAAUUGGGUCUCUCUGGCUGGGGUUGUUCUUUGUGGUUUCUGUCGCAGUACUUGGUUGUGCCGGUCCGAGAAAGAAGUAAUUGAUGGCCGGUGAAACAAGAAGGAAGCUUCGUCUGAGCAAAAUCUACUCCUUCGGAUGUUGGAAAGCUUCUUUGCAAGAAGAUCAUUCGCGAAUUGGAAGGCCGGGAUUUUCGAGGGUGGUUUACUGCAACGAACCAGAGUCUUUUGAGUCUAGCAUUAGACAUUACGGGACCAAUUAUGUUAGGACUACAAAGUACACAGUUGCAACUUUCUUGCCUAAAUCAUUGUUUGAGCAGUUCAGAAGAGUGGCCAAUUUUUACUUCCUCGUUACCGGUACCCUGGCCUUCACUCCACUGGCGCCAUAUACAGCUGUUAGUGCCAUUAUCCCUCUUUUCAUUGUUAUAGGGGCAAGCAUGAUCAAGGAAGGCAUUGAAGACUGGCGGCGUAAACUGCAGGAUAUUGAGGUAAACAAUAGAAAGGUGAAAGUGCAUAAGCAUAAUGGAGUAUUUGAUUACACCGAAUGGAAGAAUCUGAGAGUGGGAGAUUUAGUGAAGGUAGAGAAGGAUGAAUUCUUCCCUGCAGACCUUCUUUUGCUUUCAUCUACUUAUGCAGAUGCUGUUUGUUAUGUUGAGACCAUGAACCUUGAUGGGGAGACGAAUUUGAAACUGAAACAAGGUUUGGAGGCAACCUCUAGCUAUUGUUCGGACUCAAGCUUCCGGGACUUCAAGGCAUCUGUCAGAUGUGAAGACCCCAAUGCACAUUUGUAUUCUUUCAUUGGAAGCAUGGAGUUUGAAGCAAAUCAGUAUCCCCUUUCUCCACAACAACUUCUCCUCCGAGACUCCAAACUGCGAAACACGGAUUAUAUAUAUGGGGCUGUCAUAUUCACGGGUCACGACACCAAAGUCAUUCAAAAUGCAACUGACCCCCCUUCAAAGAGGAGUAAAAUUGAGAGGAAGAUGGAUAAGAUCAUCUAUCUUCUGUUCUUAAUAGUAUUCUCUAUGUCUCUUGUUGGAUCUAUCUUCUUUGGCAUUUGGACUAAAGACGACCUAGAAAGUGAUAGGAUGAAAAGGUGGUAUCUUAGGCCGGACCACUCCACCAUUUUCUUUGACCCUAAAAGAGCUCCUGCAGCUGCCAUCUAUCACUUCUUGACGGGGUUGAUGUUGUUUGGCUAUUUCAUCCCAAUUUCCUUGUACGUGUCUAUAGAAAUUGUCAAAAUUGUUCAAUGCAUUUUCAUUAAUCGAGACAAAGAAAUGUACUAUGAAGAAGCCGACAAACCAGCUCAUGCUCGCACAUCAAACUUGAAUGAGGAACUUGGCCAAGUUGAUACAGUUCUUUCAGACAAGACAGGAACUCUGACCUGCAAUAAAAUGGAAUUCAUCAAGUGUUCGAUUGCCGGGACAGCUUAUGGAACCAAUGUCACAGAGGUAGAGAGGGCCAUGAAGAGGAGGAAUGGCUUACCUUUAGCUCAUGACAAGCUGAAUGGCUGUGACCAGAUCGAGUGUUUACCUGUUAAAGAGUCACAUAUUAAAGGCUUCAAUUUUUAUGAUGGGAGGAUCAUGAAUGGAAAUUGGGUAAAAGAGCCUCAUGCAGAUGUCAUUCGGAAGUUCUUUCGUUUGCUGGCACUUUGCCAUACUGCCAUACCUGAAGUGGAAGAAACUACAGGAGAAGUCUCAUAUGAAGCCGAAUCACCAGAUGAAGCUGCUUUUGUUGUUGCAGCAAGAGAACUCGGGUUUGAGUUCUACGAGAGGAAACAGACGAGUAUCUCACUACGUGAGCUGGAUCCAGAAUCUAAAAGGAUAGUUGAUAGGGUAUAUCAGGUUCUAAAUGUCUUAGAAUUUAACAGCUCAAGAAAGCGGAUGUCUGUUAUUGUAAGAGAUGAGGAAGGAAAAAUAUUACUGCUCUGUAAAGGUGCUGACAGUGUCAUGUUUGAAAGGCUUUCCAAGGACAGCAGUGAUUUUGAAGAGGAUACGAGGAAACAUGUGAAUGAAUAUGCCGAUGCAGGCUUGAGGACAUUGAUACUUGCUUAUCGUGAACUCGAUGAGGAAGAAUACCGCAAGUUCAACAAAAAAUUCAAUGAGGCGAAGAAUUCGGUUAGUGCCGAUCAUGAUGAUUUGAUUGCUGAAGCGACAGAGAUGAUUGAGAAAGAAUUGACUCUUCUCGGUGCCACUGCUGUUGAGGACAAACUGCAGAAUGGGGUACCAGAUUGCAUUUACAAGCUUGCCCAAGCUGGAAUUAAGAUUUGGGUUUUGACUGGAGACAAGAUGGAGACUGCUAUUAACAUUGGGUUUGCUUGCAGUCUGCUCAGACGAGGGAUGGAGCAGUUCAUAAUCAGUUUAGAAACUUCACAUAUUCAGGCUCUAGAAAAGUUGCAAGAUAAGUCUGCUAUUAUUGAGGCAUCAAAGGCGAGUAUUCGCGAUCAGAUUACGAGAGGGAAGGUUUCAUUGGCUACAUCAAGUGGUCCUCUCAAAGAAGUUGCUUUAAUCAUUGACGGAAAAUCACUUGGUUAUGCUCUGGAAGAUGACAUGAAAAACAUGUUUCUAGAGCUUGCAAUGGGCUGUGCAUCGGUUAUUUGCUGUCGUUCAUCACCAAAACAGAAGGCCCUGGUCACAAGACUGGUCAAGUCAGGAACUGGGAAAGUAACAUUGGCAAUAGGUGACGGUGCCAAUGAUGUAGGAAUGCUUCAAGAAGCAGAUAUUGGAAUUGGAAUUAGUGGUGUCGAAGGAAUGCAGGCAGUCAUGGCCAGUGAUAUUGCAAUUGCACAGUUUCGACACCUAGAACGCCUGCUACUCGUCCAUGGGCAUUGGUGUUACAGAAGGAUUUCAAUGAUGAUAUGCUACUUUUUCUUCAAGAACAUCACGUUUGGUUUCUCCCUCUUCUUAUAUGAGGCACAUGCAGCCUUUUCAGGGCAACCUGCAUACAAUGACUGGUUUUUGUCACUUUAUAACGUCUUCUUCUCAUCACUUCCUGUGGUUGCUCUGGGAGUUUUUGAUCAGGAUGUAUCAGCACGGCUCUGUCUAAAGUUCCCCUUGCUAUACCAAGGAGGGGCUCAAAAUGUCCUCUUCCGCUGGGGUUGGAUACUUGGCUGGAUGUUUAAUGGGUUCCUUAGUGCAACCAUAAUUUUCUUCCUCUGCACAAGCACACUGGAGCACCAAGCAUUCAACAGCGAUGGACAUGUUGCUGGGAGGGACAUCUUGGGUACAACAAUGUACACCUGCGUCGUAUGGGCGGUGAAUCUGCAGAUGGCGAUAACCAUUAGGUACUUCACCUUAAUACAGCACAUACUCAUCUGGGGCUCGAUCAUAUUUUGGUACCUCUUCUGUUUAGCAUAUGGAGCCAUGUCUCCAACUCUAUCCACUACUGCCUACAAGCUCCUUGUUGAAGCCCUCGCACCAUCGCCGGCCUUUUGGGUUGUGACGCUUUUCGUGACGAUCUGCACCCUUAUCCCAUAUUUCACUUACUCCGCGAUUCAGAUGGAGUUUUUCCCCAUGUACCAUGAAAGGAUCCAGUGGAUCAGGCACAAAGGAGGAUUGAGUGAUCCUCAGUAGCGCGAUAUGUUGAGGCGGAUGUGAGUAUGACCGACAUAUGGCUUACGGCUUACGGCUUAGUUCAUCCUGUAAAUCUUGCAGUCCAGGAACACACUUAUUCCUGCAGACCUGUCUAAUUUCGAAGAAUCCUUAAGAGUAUACGAUUUUACGAGCAUGGGGAUCCACCGGCUCUGCAUAAGCCGAAUCACUCUCCGGAUGUCGUAGACAGCCCAGAUAUGUUUUGCAAUUUUACUUAGUAUCAAGCUCUAGAUGUGGAAAAAAAAAGUAGAGAGAAAAAGCUGUACCAUAUGUUAGCUUUGCUGUAGAUUCUGUAGAUUUUCAAAUUAUAGGAGACAUACACUGCACACAAUCUCUUCUCUUUGUAAUGAAUUAUGGCAGAUAUAUACAUUGUCGAUUCAGGUUGUGUAGCCUUUUUGGAUAUCUGUAUAUAGAUUAUAGUAGAUGAUGUAUUUUGCUGAUGAGUGUCCGGGAAUGUUUGUAAAACAACCAGUUAAGGAAACUAUUUCAA